AUGAGACCUGCUCCAACAAUCAAUCAAGAAUCUCAAGACAUUCAUCCAUACUUUCUUCCUCAUCAUGGGGUUUUAAGACCAAGUAGCACAACCACCAAGCUUAAAGUCGUCUUUAAUGGAUCCAGCCCGACGUCAACUGGAAUCUCAUUGAAUGACAUCACUCAUACUGGAGCAAAAAUUCAAUUAGACAUCUUUGACGUACUUCUUUGGUCACCACAUGAGUCAACAUAUUCAAAACGCCUCAUUCUUUCAGAAGUAGCUCAAAUUUAUGAUCCUUUAGGGUUUGUGUCACCAAUCACAAUCAGAGCUAAGAUGCUCCUUCAAGAACUAUGGUUACACAAACUCAGCUGGGACCAACCAGUCUCACAAUCAAUCAUCAAUCGCUGGCUGAUCAUCAGAGAAGAAUUCACUCAACUUCAUGAGAUCUCACUUCCACGAUGGAUUCACUCAACCAGACAUUCAACUGUAGAAAUUCAUGGAUUCUCUGAUGCUUUACAGCUUGCGAUGGCUGCGGCAAUCUACUUAAAAAUCAAUUCACCGUCCACAGGGCCCAAAAUCACACUCAUCUGUGCGAAAACUAAAGUAGCACCAAUCAAACAAAUCACGAUCCCCAGGCUAGAGUUAACUGCUGCGUUAAUUCUAGCAAAACUCACAAAGUAUGUUCGAGCUACACUCCACAGAGUGAACAUACAUUCAAUUUACUUAUGGACGGACUCUUCAAUCACUCAUCCAUGGAUCAAUUCAAAUGCAGGACGCUGGAAGGACUUUGUCAGGAACAGAGCAGUGAAAAUUCAAGAACUAGUUGCGGACGCGCACUGGCACCACAUUUCUGGCAAGGAAAAUCCAGCGGACUGUGCUUCAAGAGGCAUUACAGCCAAUCAAUUGAAAGAUUACUCGCUAUGGUGGAGGGGACCCACCUGGUUAGCUGAAAAUCAAGAAAACUGGCCAGUAAAUUCACCACCAGCUGACGAGGCUUGUAACUUAGAAGCUCGUCCUGGAAUUUUACUCAUAGCAGCCAUUCAAGACAAAAUCAUUCAAUGGGACUGGGUAACAGAUAUUCUACACUCAACAAUUACCAGUCCUUUAGCAUCAAUCACAAUAGCUGACAUCGAAAAGGCGAGAAAUUUCUGGAUAAAGUCUACUCAAGCAGCACAUUUUCACCAAAAAAUCAGGACUUUAUCCAACAAUCAACAUCUUCCACCAAACCAUUCAUUCAACAGACUCACAGCAUACGUUGACUCAGAAGGAAUUCUACGAGUAGGAGGACGACUUCAGCAUGCUCAGUUGAGUCAUGAUUCAAAACAUCAAUCAAUUCUACCUCGACAUUUGCCAUUCACCACUCUUGUUAUUAGACAUUAUCAUUUAACCACACUACAUGGUGGCACUCAACUUACACUCACAACAAUCAGACAACGUUCCUGGAUCAUGGGUGGAAGAGCUCCAGUAAAAACAUUCAUUCUUCGGUGCAUCAAAUGUGCUCGACAAAGAGGCAUAAGAGCACAACAGCUCAUGGGCCAAUUGCCACGAUCACGUAUCACUCCUUCAUGGCCAUUCUCUCAUACUGGCAUUGACUAUGCUGGGCCAUUCACAAUCAAAACAUCAUCAGGCAGAGGAGCCAAGACUAGAAAAGCUUGGGUUUGUGUAUUUGUCUGCAUGUCAACUUCUGCAGUUCAUUUGGGAGCAGUUAGUGACUAUUCAACUGAAGCAUUCAUUGCUGCCUACAGGAGAUUCACCUCUAGACGAGGAUUAUGCCAGACAAUCUAUUCUCACUGUGGCAGAAAUUUCAUAGGAACUGAUAUAGAACUCAAGAAAUUAUUCACACAAUUCACCAGAGAACAUGAGGUCAUCUCUAGAUUCAUCAUCACCAACGGCACUCAAUGGUCAUUCAACCCACCUGCAGCACCACACAUGGGUGGCAAGUGGGAGUCAGUAGUGAAAUCACUUAAAUUUCAUUUGACGAGAACAGUAAAAGAAUCACUCUUUACGUUUGAAGAGAUCACCACACUACUGACACAAAUAGAAGCCAUUCUCAACUCAAGACCUCUAGAGCCAAUCAGUGAUGACCCAGAAGACAUUCAAGCACUCACUCCUGGACACUUUCUUAUUGGGUCAGCACUCAACACUGUUCCUGAACCAUCAACCUCAGAACCUGCACAUUCAAUUCAAAAUCGAUGGCGGAUGAUUCAACGACAAUCACAGCAGUUCUGGUACAGGUGGUCACAAUCUUACUUACAAAAAUUACAAGCUAUUUCUAAGUGGUUUUUCAGGAACAGAACAAUUCAAGUUGGUGCAUUAGCCUUGCUAACAGAUGAAAGAUUCCCCCCCUCCCACGAAAUGGCCACUCGUGAGGAUCAUUCAAUUGCACCCAGGGCAAGACGGGCUGCUACGAGUAGCAACGGUGAAGACACCAACAACGACGUUGGUCAGACCAAUCGUCAAGCUAGCCAUUCUACCAAUCAACCCAACUCCUAA